CAGUCGAGAAAAGACGUUGUUAUUGUACGUUUGAAAAAAAAAUUAUAUACGUAUCAUUUCUUAUACUAUCUACGUAUAUACGUCCUUACAACCAUUCAAUUUGAAGAGUUCUGUCAGAGUAUUUCUAUAAACAUAUUGGCUUCUAGGAUGAAUUUAGUUGUAGCAGUAACAGUCGUAUUCAUAUCAGAAUAAAUAUUCAAAGAUAUAGGUAACCUGAUAUUAAAGCUGUCGUGACCCAUAGCGAUAACUGGUGAAAUAUUUCUAUUUUCUAUGAACUACUUCAAAUACCUGAUUUAUUAUUCGACUUGGCAACGUAGCUGCCAAUUUCAUGUAACAGAUUCGAGGGUCUUCUCUCCAUAUGUACCCAAAAAAAUAUAUGAGUAUUCACAACAGAAGAGUUAAGACUGAAUUAGAAGAAAUGGGACAAGAUAAUGAUAUGAUAUCAUUUGACUAUGAUGACCAGCAUACAAUUGACCUGCAGUAUACUGAAAAUAUAAAGACUGAAGAUAUAAAAACUGAUGACAUAAAGACUGAAGACGAUGAGAUUGAUAACAUAGAUAUUGUUUACCAGUUCAUUGAUGAGAAUGGAAUAAGACCGUCCAAUGGAUAUAAAUCAGGUGAAAUGAAAGGAGAUUAUAGUUUGAAUGAGAGAAAUACUUUUGAAUAUGUUGCAGAAAUUGAAGCCUUGAGCAGUGAACAUAACUCAUCUAAUAAAUAUCAGAUUAGGAAUUAUAUGGAUGCUGUUCCUUUUAAUGAACAAAAACAAGAAUGUCUAGUAUGCGAGUAUAGAACAAAUGACAAGCCAAAUUUAAAACGGCAUUUUAAUGAGGUUCAUUUGAAUAUACGAAAAUAUAAAUGUGUGUUUUGUGAGUUUGCAGCUAACCGGAAGAGAAACCUUGAAAAUCAUAUUAAGGCUGUUCAUUUGGUUAUACGAGAACAUAAAUGUCACCUGUGCAACUAUAUUUCAGCUAAUAAAAAUAAUAUUGAAAGGCAUAUAGCUGGAGUUCAUUCGAAUAAACGAGAACAUAAAUGUGAGUUUUGUGAGUAUGCAGUUAAUCAGAAGGAAAAACUCAAAAAUCAUAUAAUGGCUUUUCAUUCGGAUAAACGAGACCAUAAAUGUCACCUAUGCAACUUUUCUUCAGCUUAUAAAAAGAACAUCAAAAUGCAUAUAGAUGCAGUUCAUUUGAAUAAGCGAGAAUAUAAAUGUGUGUUUUGUGAGUUUGCAGCUAACCGGAAGACAAACCUUGAAAAACAUAUUAAGGCUGUUCAUUUGGUUAUACGAGAACAUAAAUGUCACAUGUGCAACUUUUCUUCAGCUAAAAAAAAGAAUAUUGAAAGGCAUAUAGCUGGAGUUCAUUCGAAUAAACGAGAACAUAAAUGUGAGUUUUGUGAGUAUGCUGCUAAACAAAAGGAACUACUUGAAAAACAUAUAAAGGCUGUUCAUUUGGAUGAACAAAAACAUAGAUGUCACCUGUGCAAAUUUGCUUCAGCUUAUAGACAGAACCUCAAAAGGCAUAUAGUUGCAGUUCAUUCGAAUAAACGAGAACAUAAAUGUGAGUUUUGUGAGUAUGCUGCUAAACAAAAGGAAGUACUUGAAAAACAUAAAAGGGCUGUUCAUUUGGAUGAACUAAAACAUAGAUGUCACCUGUGCAAUUUUGCUUCAGCUUAUAGACAGAACCUCAAAAGGCAUAUAGAUGCAGUUCAUUGGAAUAUGAACGGAAAGGGAAGAGUCGAUAAAGAAAUGAAUGUUAUUCGCUUCAAUAAACGAGAAAAUGUGUGUUAACAUGUUCAACUACUCAUUAUCACACUCAUACUCCUUUACGAGUAAUGUUUCAGUUUAAAAAGAAACCUAAAAAAGCAUUAAAAGCACUAUUCAUUCGAAUGUAAAAACAACUUGAAUAUGACCUAUACAAAUCCAUUGUAAUUGGUUACAAAAUUAUCAUGUGGAAAAUGAGGAACUACCUCCAGUACCUGGUGAUAUUGACGAUUCAGAAUUUAAUAAUUUGAUCGUGACGAAAAAUGUACCUGAUAUACCUCUCAACAAUCAGAGUGUGAAUAUCAACGCUUGCAGCAGAGAAUUAAUUAAUAAAUAUUUUAUCUAAUUAAUUCAUAUUCUUAAAUGAACCCAUUUUAAUUAUUUAUUUUUAUUUCAAUUAAAUUGUGAACAACAAUUUCUUCAAAAUUAAUUCAUAAGCAGUAAUGUUUUCAAAUAAACAAUCUAUUUU